UGUUCUUUUUGGACCAAAAAUCUUUUGGCCCAUCGACAAAAACCUUGCCCAUUUUGCCCAUCGUUUUUUUCCGCUACAAUAGAAGUUUGCCCAUUGUACUAAAAAUCCUGGUUACGCCGCUGUUAAUCUUUGCUGUUUUUUUCUUCUGUAUGUGACUCGAACCUACUGAGUACGACACUAAUGUUCCUUUGCAAUGAACAGAUCUUUAUUUUUCUUUAACAUAUCAAUACACGAGUCAUUAUUUCCUAUAUGCUUUUAUAGAUAAUGCCGCCAGUGUCGGAUAUUGUCCGUACGGUUGAUAAUAUAAAAAAGAGUAAUUCCGAUACUUGGGAAUAUCGUGGUCUGGAAUUAGCAAAUGGUCUGUUAGUUGUUCUAAUAAGUCAUAAAAAUCUUGAUAAAGCUGCAGCGGCAUUAGAUGUUUUUGUUGGAAGUUUAGCCGAUCCGAAUAAUGUACCAGGUAUCGCACAUUUUUGUGAACAUAUGCUCUUUAUGGGUAGUAAAAAGUAUCCUGGUGAAAAUGAAUAUAGUAAAUUAAUUGAAGGCAAUGGUGGUUAUUCUAAUGCUUAUACAUCAGCUGAUCAUACUAAUUAUUUUUUUGAUGUUAAUCCAAAUAUGUUACCGGAAGCACUCGAUAUUUUUGCUCAAUUUUUUAUUUCUCCAUUAUUCAGUUCCGAAUCAACAGAUCGUGAAAUGUGUGCCGUACAUUCGGAGUAUGAAGGAAAUUUAUUUAAAGAUACAUGGAGAAUUAGUCAGUUAGAAAAAUCAACAUCAGAUCCAAAUCAUCCAUAUUCAAAAUUUUCCAUUGGAAAUAUGCUCUCAUUGAAAACUGUUCCAAAACAACUUGGUAUUGAUGUACGAAAUACAUUAUUAGAUUUUCAUCGAGCAGAAUAUUCAUCAAAUAGAAUGAGUUUAGCCAUAUUAGGAAAUCAAUCAUUAGAUGAAUUACAAGAUUUAGUUGUUAAGAUUUACAAAGAUAUUCCUAAUCAAAAUUUAUCAUUGACAAAGUAUCCAAAUGAUCCAUAUGGCGAAAGUAAACGAAAAACAAUCUGUUAUGUUAUACCAGUUAAAGAAUAUCGUCAUAUAACUGUGACAUGGGUUGUACCAGAUUAUAAAGAAGUUUAUUAUGCAAAUCCCGAAUCUUAUUUAAGCCAUUUGAUUGGUCAUGAAGGAGAAGGUAGUUUAUUAUCGUUAUUGAAAAAACGUGGUUUGGCAUCAGAAUUAGUGUCUGGUGAAAAGAAUAAUGCAAAUGGUUAUAGCUUUUUUACGGUAGAUAUCGAAUUAACAAUUGAUGGUCUAGAACGUUGGCAAGAGAUUGUUGUAUAUAUAUAUCAAUAUAUUGCUAUGUUGAAAAAAGAAGGACCAAAAGAAUGGAUAUUUCAAGAAUGUAAAAAUUUAAAUGAAAUGCAUUUUCAAUUUCGUGAAAAAGAACGACCAGAAGAAUUUGUAUCAAAUUUAGCUAAUCGAAUGAGGGAUUAUCCAUUGACAGAAUGUUUGAGUGGCGAAUAUGAAAUGCGUGAAUUUCGUCCAGAUCUAAUUAAUGAUUUGUUAAACACUUAUCUUUUACCAAGCAAAAUGAGAAUUUUUUUGGUGGGGAAAAAUUUUUCGUCAGUGGCAACUGAAAAAGAAAAAUGGUUUGGUACUUCUUAUAAAGAAGAAUAUUUACCAGAAGAUUUGAUAAAAAGAUGUGAAAAUUGUCAAUUAGACGAUGAACUUCUUGUGCCACCACCAAACGAUUUUAUUCCAACAGAUUUUCAAUUACACUAUGAAUCAGAUGAUGUAGACCAAAAACAAAAACGAUCUACUCCAUUACUACCCAAAAAAAUUAAAGAAAAUGAAUAUUAUCGUUUAUGGUUUACACCAGAUAAUUUUUAUAAAUUACCUAAAGCAUUCCUGUAUUUUGAACUAAGAAAUCCAUUAGGUGGUUUUGAUCCUGUUCAUGCCAAUAUGAAUACAAUUUAUAGUGAAUUAAUUGAAGAUUCAUUAACAGAAUUUGUUUAUCCAGCUGAGUUAGGUGGACUCAAAUAUGAUUUGUCAGCUACAACAUGUGGAAUACAGGUAAUACAUUCUCUUUGGUUACGAGGAAACCUAUGGAGAUGUAUACCUCCGAUUUCGUUCGCUCAUACAUCAGUCGAUAGAGGGUAUCGAGCUUAUAAAAAGCCUAAAAGGAUAUCGACUGACGGCUCUUCCUUCAAAAGUUAUAGACAUUUUUCUGUUUUUCCCAGCGAAAAAUAGAAAAAUUCAUAUUUCCAUCCAGAAAAGUAGUUAAGAGCUCAAAUUUCUUUGUAUGGCUCUUCUGUAUAUCUGUGAUAUUCAUACAAAGUUUCAUCUUUACAACUCAUUCCAUUUCCGAGUUAUUGAAUUUUAAGUUUUCCAUAGAUUAGCCUCUGACAGGCUCACAAUAUGAUGGCUUCCCAAAUUGUUAGUUUUCUACUAGAACCGUUGAAAAUUUCGUAAAUGACAUGGUUUUGUAUUUUAAUUUCGUUUAUGAAAACAAAAAAGAUUUCUAAAGCUGACUGUAGAUGCUCUAGAGACCUUGAAAACCGGAGUUACAAAACAUUGAAUUUAUAUAAUUUCGAUUAGUUUUCUGUGUGUACCGAUCAAAACCAUGUCAUUUACGA